GGUGGCGGUAAUGCACACUUAAAGGUUGCUUGCCAACAGCCAAUAAGCAAUAAAAGAAGAAGAAGAAGAAGAAGAAGAAGACUAAGGAGGCGAAAGUAAACAAUGUUUGGCUGACGUGGAGCUGACGUCUUCAAUAGACUGACAGACUCUGUGGUCAUUUAUUUAAUAAUAACUUGAUAUUUUAUGCAAUUCAAUACAACAAAUAGACGUUUAAAGUCGCAAGAUCGCUUCUGCCGUCGAUCGACGCCUCUCAUCGUACUAAAAUGGCGACAGCGGCGGAUGCCAGUCGGUCGUUCGCAGGGCUGUCUGACGUCUCCAUCCCGGAGGACAUCCCGGUUGAGGGAGACAUCACCGUCCCCGUGGACUCUUCCAGGCGGGAGGACGACGAGUUCUCGACGUUGGACGAGCCGGUGAAGGAGACCAUCCUGCGGGACCUUCGCGCAGUGGGCAAGAAGUUCGUUCACGUCCUGUACCCGAAGCAGAGCUCGGAGCUGCUGCAGGACUGGGACCUUUGGGGGCCGCUGCUGCUGUGCGUCACCCUGGCUCUACUCUUGCAGGGCGGCGCGGCCAAGAACGGCAGCCAGGGUGGGCCACAGUUUGCUGAGGUUUUUGUCAUCAUCUGGUUUGGUUCCAUCAUCAUCACUCUCAACUCCAAGCUGCUGGGUGGGACCAUCUCCUUCUUCCAGAGCCUAUGUGUGUUGGGAUACUGCAUAAUGCCCCUGACCGUUGCCAUGGUUGUAUGCCGGCUGGUCCUGUUCAGCAUCACGGGCACCGUGAGCUUCGCGGUGAGGCUGGUGGUGGUCGUUGCGUCCUUCGGCUGGUCCACCUUUGCCUCCACGGCGUUCCUUGCCGGUAGCCAGCCGCCCAACCGCAAGGGGCUGGUGGUGUACCCGGUGUUCCUCUUCUACUUUGUGAUCAGCUGGAUGAUCCUGACCUUCUCACCGUAACAGUAGAACAAGAGCGGAGCGUUCUGUCACUUUGAGUGAGCAGUCAUGAACUGUCAGAAUGAAGGAGAAAAGUGGAUUAUUAAUUUAAAACGUAUCCUACAUCUUUAAUAACUAUGUCUGGGGUGUCUUUGUGGACGUGAGGAUUAGUCUCUGUUGAGGAUGCACUGAUUACACAGAUGGUAAAUAUCCACUGGAACACAUCUUAGAGUUACAGUUAGCGUGGACCUGACACUUGUGUUGUGUGUUCAUCUGCAGAAGAAAAUGUGCUGUAUUUGUCCUUCUCUACAAAUGAGCCCAUGUGGCAUCCUAUAAAAUCAGCACUUAAAUGAUAGCUCUCGCAUUUGAGGACUUAAUGUUGCACCAGCUAAUAUUCUGGAAACUUUAGUCAAAGUUUGUGGACAGAAGUAAUGUCACAAAAUGCAAUACCUACUCUGUAAAUAUGAGGACUUAUUAAGAAAUCAGACAUCAGAAAACACACAACUUGGGACAACAGCUUGUUGAGCCAAUUUAUCAUCUAUGGUCUGCUCUUUUUUCCACUUUUACAAAUACAACAUGUUUUUGUUGAAAUAUUUGGUAAUUAAAAUAUACUUCUACAAA